AUGGACGAAUCAAAUAUCGUUAUUUUGGGUGCAGAGAAAGUGGGGAAGUCUGCCAUCGCUCAACAGUUUGUUUCCAGAACCUUCCCCGCUAAACAUCGCAAGACAAAGGAGGACUACUACACAACCACAGCCAAUCUGCCUGGUGGCUGCCAGCUCUCUGUAGACCUUGUCGACACAUCUGGGACGGAGAAACGACAGCGUAUGCGAGAGUAUCGCACCCAACACGCGGAUGGCUAUGUCGUAGUGUAUGCUGUUGAUGAUGCCAAAUCCUUCGCAAGAGCCCUUAAAAUAUGCCUUCGGAUAGAAAUGAUUCGAGGUUCUGACAGACCUCCAAUAGUUCUGGUCGGGAACAAGUCGGACAGUAACAGAGUGGUCCCCACUCACACAGCAUCCAAGGUGGCCACAGACACUCUCCAUUGUAGCCACGUGGAGUGUAGUGCCAUGAACAUUGAAGACGUUGAUCAUAUCUUUGGGACUUUAUUGAUGGCCAUGAACAGUCGGAGGAAACAGCGUUUAGACAGCACCGGUUCUGAGUGUUAG